AUGAAUGGAAUUGCUAAACCAGUGGCUUCCAGACCGCCUGGCUAUCACCCUCCACCGCCUCCUCACCAGCAUGGGCCGGCGGCGCACCAUCUCCACACGCUCCUCGCCCAGUGCAGGGCACAUCCUUACUUGGGUCAUCCAGGUGGACCUCAACCUCCACAAGUCUUCCCAUUGCCUGGAGGUCAACAAGUAUUUCCGUGGGCUCACUCGACCAGAGGCAAACCCCGACGGGGAAUGAUGAGGCGAGCUGUGUUUUCAGAUUUGCAGAGAAAGGGAUUAGAAAGAAGAUUUCAAGUACAAAAAUAUAUUAGUAAGCCAGAUAGGAAAAAGCUUGCUGAAAAACUAGGCCUCAAAGAUUCUCAGGUGAAAAUAUGGUUCCAAAAUCGUCGCAUGAAGUGGCGCAACUCCAAAGAAAGAGAACUGCUCGCCAGCGGCGGCUCACGAGACCAGACUCUGCCGAACAAGAACAAUCCUCAUCCGGACCUGAGUGACGCCCAAACGGACCCCCCAAGGGUACCGCCGACUCCUUCGCCGCCUUCGACGAUCCAUGCUGCUGCGAUGAUCAACACGGAGCAGGGAGGAGACCCUCAUUCAAAGUCUCCUGCUCCGCCACUGCUCGCUGGCAACACCAGUUGGUCCUUCGAACCUGAUGAAUAUGCGGAUAGUGAUUGCGCUAGUGAUGAAGAGAUCAAUGUCACGUGA